UCAAUCUCCUGCUCCGGCGUCGGCUCUUCCGUGAGGUGUGCUGUAGCUCCUCGUGAGCGCUUUCCACCCUGCCGCGAGCUGAGCGGAACCCCGGCUGUGGCGGAGAUGGAGAACGCUGUGGAAGGCCGCACAGCCAGCGUGCUGUUCGCGGGGUUCCGGGCCUUGGGGCUGUUCAGCAGCGACAUUCCACACGUGGUGCGGUACAGCGCGCUCAAGCGGCGCUUCUACGUGACGACUUGCGUGGGCAAGAGCUUCCACACGUAUGACGUUCAGAAGCUUAGUCUGGUUGCAGUAAGUAAUUCUGUUCCACAGGAAAUCUGUUGCAUGGCAGCUGAUGGGAGGCUAGUCUUUGCUGCGUAUGGAAAUGUUUUCUCUGCGUUUGCCCGUAAUAAAGAGAUAGUACAUAGUUUUAAGGGCCAUAAGGCAGAAAUCCAUCUUUUGCAACCCUUUGGGGAUCAUGUUAUCUCAGUGGAUACUGACAGCACUCUUAUUAUUUGGCAUAUAUAUUCAGAAGAAGAAUACCUUCAAUUGACUUUUGAUAAGUCAGUUUUUCAAAUUUCUACAAUUUUGCAUCCAAGCACCUACUUGAAUAAAGUCCUACUGGGCAGUGAACAGGGAAGCCUGCAGUUAUGGAAUGUAAAAUCCAAUAAACUUCUGUAUACAUUUCCAGGGUGGAAGGCUGGAGUGACAGCUCUUCAGCAGGCACCGGCUGUGGAUGUUGUCGCCGUUGGCCUCCUGUCUGGUCAGGUGGUCAUUCACAACAUUAAGUUUGACGAAACAUUAAUGAAGUUCCAUCAGGACUGGGGACCCAUUACUUCCAUUUCAUUUCGCACAGAUGGUCAUCCAAUAAUGGCAGCUGGAAGCCCAUGUGGCCAUAUUGGACUGUGGGAUCUGGAAGACAAAAAACUAAUCAAUCAAAUGAGAAAUGCACACUCCACAGCAAUAGCUGGGCUGACGUUUCUCCAUAGAGAGCCGCUGCUUGUUACAAAUGGCGCUGACAAUGCUCUUAGGAUAUGGAUAUUUGAUGGCCCUACAGGCGAGGGACGGCUAUUGAGAUUCAGAAUGGGACAUAGUGCUUCUCUUACCAAGAUCAGAUAUUAUGGACAAAAUGGACAGCAAAUUUUAAGUGCAAGUCAAGAUGGAACUCUCCAGUCAUUUUCUACAGUCCAUGAAAAAUUCAAUAAGAGUUUGGGGCAUGGUUUAAUAAAUAAAAAGAUAGUUAAACGUAAAGGACUUCAGAACACCAUGUCAGUAAGGCUUCCACCUAUUACAAAGUUUGCUGCUGAGGAAGCUCGGCAGAGUGACUGGGAUGGUAUCAUUGCUUGCCAUCAAGGGAAGCUGUCUUGCUCAACGUGGAAUUAUCAAAGAUCUACGAUAGGUGCUUAUUUUCUCAAGCCCAAAGGACUAAAGAUGAAUGAGAUCACUGCAACAGCGGUAGAUAUAAGUUCCUGUGGAAACUUCGCAGUAAUUGGCCUGUCCUCAGGAAAUGUAGAUGUGUAUAACAUGCAAUCUGGGAUACACCGAGGAAGUUUUGGAGAUGAUAAAGCCCACACAGGCUCUGUCAGAGGUGUCGCGGUGGAUGGACUAAACCAGCUGGCAGUUACAGCUGGCAGUGAACGAUUACUCAAAUUCUGGAACUUUAAAAGCAAGGCUUUAAUCCAUUCUUUGAGCCUUGAUUCAUCUCCAAACAUGGUGCUGCUACACAGGGACAGUGGCAUUCUGGGGCUUGCCUUGGAUGACUUCAGCAUUACUGUCCUGGACAUAGAAACUAGGAAGAUUGUCAGAGAGUUUUCUGGACACCAAGGCCAAAUAAAUGACAUGACGUUCAGUCCCGAUGGCCGUUGGUUAAUAAGUGCUUCGAUGGAUUGUUCAAUUAGGACUUGGGACCUUCCAUCCGGGUGCCUUAUUGACUGCUUUUUGUUGGACUCAGCUCCUCUCAAUGUUACUAUGUCCCCAACUGGAGACUUUCUAGCAACUUCCCAUGUGGAUCACCUUGGAAUUUACCUAUGGUCGAAUGUUUCCCUCUAUUCAGUUGUCUCCUUGCGGCCACUUCCUCCAGAUUAUGUCCCUUCAGUGGUGACACUUCCUGGCACUUGUCAGACCGAAGGCAUGGACGUAUUAGAAGAACAGAUUGAGCCAAGUGAUGAAAUGAUAGAGUAUGAGUCGCCAGAACAGUUGAGUGAGCAACUGGUGACUCUCUCACUUCUCCCUGAGUCACGCUGGAAAAACCUUCUGAAUCUUGAUGUUAUCAAGAAAAAAAAUAAACCAAAAGAACCACCCAAAGUACCCCAGUCAGCUCCGUUUUUCAUCCCAACGGUUCCGGGGCUCGUGCCGAGGUUUGCUGUGCCCGAGCAGAGUGGUGACCCCCAGCAGUCUAAGGUGGUAAACCUUGGGAUUCUGGCUCAAAAAUCAAAUUUCUACCUGACACUUGAAGAAGGAUUGCUAAAUAACCAAUAUGAAACUGCCCUUAACCUUCUGAAAGAAUUAGGCCCAUCAGGGAUUGAAACAGAGCUUCGGAACUUGUCUCCCGAUGAUGGUGGAUCUAUAGAAGUCAUGCAGAGUUUUUUGAGAAUGGUCGGGAUGAUGUUGGACAGAAAGCGUGAUUUUGAGUUGGCCCAGGCAUACCUUGCAUUGUUUUUGAAGUUACACCUCAAAAUGCUUCCUUCAGAGCCAGUGCUUUUAGAAGAACUGGAAAGGUUGUCAUCACAGGUAGAAGAAGAGUGGACUCAUUUACAGUCGCUGUUCAAUCAAAGCAUGUGUGUUUUAAAUUAUAUCAAAAGUGCUUUGUUGUAAAAAAAUAAACUUAAGUGAUGAAAAAUCAAA